AUGGGGGGGGGGGGGGUUCUACUGUCUGCUAUUGCAUUAGAUGGGAACAAUGAGUUGUUUCCAUUUGCAUGGGGAAUUGUGUCUACUGAAGAUUCAGAUACAUGGAGCUUUUUUGUUCAUCAUUUGCGAGAUCUACUAAGAGCAACUGGAAGAGGAGAUAACUGGUGCAUUAUCUCAAAUAAGCAAAAGGGUAUUGAAGCUGCACUUGACAAGGUCUGGCCAGAUGUUGAUAGGAGAUAUUGCACCAAACAUUUGGCUGCCAAUUGGAAGAAAGCAUUUCCAGGUCCACUAAUGCUCUUUCUGUUUUGGAAAGCAUGUGGUGCCUAUUCAGAAUUUACCUUUAAGAAAGCAAUGGAGCAAAUGGACAAGGUUGGAAAAGGAGGAAGAUUGUGGCUUGCAAAGCUUGGAGAACAAUCUAGGUGGACAAAGCAUAAGUUCAACACUGCAACAAAGUGUGACUCUAAUAAGUCAAACUUUGUUGAGAGUUUUAAUGCCACUCUUAGCAUUGACAUAUGUAGACCAGUCCUUACACUUUUAGAAGAUACAAUUUUAGUCUGGGUAUUAGAAGAAAUACCAUGGUUAGAUUGGCAACAAGAAGGAAAAAGUAUGAGGAGUGGAGCAGGACUGACAUCUGUCCAAACAUGGUGCAAAGGGUUCAUAAGCUAUGUCAGAACUCAAAAACUUGCCACUCUUAAUUGUCUUCUGCCGGUGAGUUUGAGACAUGGAAUGAGGGCUAUAUUAGAUUCAAAGCUUGACCCUCAUGCAUUUUUGGAUGAGUGGUUUUCUGUCAAAAGGUACAAGGCAGCCUAUGCAAAUGGGAUUAAGUCCAUACCUGAUGCUCAACAGUGGCCUGAGUUCAAUGUGCCAAAGAUAAUGCCACCUGAGUUAAAAAGAGGAAUUGGGAGACCUUGCAGAAACAGAAAGAGAGAUGAUACAGAGGAAAGGAAGGGAAAGAAAGCUAAGACUGUUAGGUGCAGCAACUGUCAAGAUUAUGGCCAUAAUGCUCAGACUUGUAAGAGAGGAGCUACUGCAAAGCUAAAAUGGGGUGGAAAGAAAUAG